AUGUCUGAAGAGAAGAAAGUCGAAGUUAAAACAUUUACACGACAACAAAGACCUAAAGCAGAUGCUCAACAAGACGAAAAGAUCCAUGUUGGAGCUAAUUCUUUUAUUUCAAGAAUUAUAUUUAUUGUUAGAGAUAGUCUUGAAACUAAAAAUAAGCCAUCAGUUACUAUUAGAGGACUUGGAAGAGGAGCGAAUACUGCAUUAAGAGCAACCCAAACAAUUCAAAGAGUAUUACCAUGUCACGUUAUUGUUAAGAGUGAGUUAUUCAGCUCUCAAGAUAAAUUUGUUUGUGAUCAAGAUAAAAAGGAAGUUUCUAUCCCAAAGCUUAUGAGCUGUGUUGAAAUUACCUUUUCAUUGGUACCUCCAAAAGAUAUUAAUGUUCCAGGCUAUAUGGCACCACUUACUGAAGAACAAUUAGAAGUAUUUAAGAAUAGACCAAAGAGAAGAUUUAAUAGAAGACCAGGAUAUGCUAACAGAAACAACAGAGGUAGAAGAGAUAGAGGAAAGAAAGAAUAUACUAAACCAGAAGAAAAGAAGGAAGCUGGCAAAGCAGAAGAAAAAAAGGAACAACCAAAAGAGGAAAAGGCAACUCCCAAAAAUGAUCUUAGAAGUAGGGCUAAACCAAAGGGGUAUGGUAAAUACCACAAACACUAUGAAAAUUAA